AUGGCAUUCAAUUUCAACUGGUCGCCUUUAACGGCAGAUGCGGAAUUUUAUCAAAGAGCUCAAGAGAUGCUCACGGCAGCUCUGAAUAAAUCACCAAAGCCACCCAUCAUAAAGGAUGAUAUUCUGGUUAAUGAAUUAAACUUGGGUUCGGUACCUCCAGAUUUGGAGAUAUUGGAAAUUGGGGAUUUGGCAGAGGAUAGGUUCAGGGGAAUAUUCAAAAUGUGCUAUUCUGGAGAUGCCUUUUUGACCUUGAAAACAAGAGUUCAGGCUAAUCCGCUAAAUAACCAUUUAUUCUCGAAACCAUCAUUCACAUCUCCACAACCUCUCGCGGCAGAUGCGGGACUCACGAUCCCAUUACAAAUUACCUUGUCGGAAAUCAAAUUAUCUGCCUUCAUCAUAGUGGUAUUCUCAAAGCAAAAGGGAUUAACCUUGGUUUUCCGAAAUGAUCCGCUUGAAUCCCUCAAGGUCUCAUCUACCUUCGACUCGAUACCAUUCAUCAAGGACUAUUUACAGAAGGAAAUUGAACAACAGUUGAGGACUUUAAUGAUGGAUGAGUUACCUGCUAUCAUUCACCGAUUAUCAUUGAGAUUAUGGUGUCCGGAAUAUAGAGCAAAGGAAGAUCAAGAGAUGGCCGAAGCUGCAAAGAAAGCCAAAGAAGAAGUAGCGGUAGAUCCAUUUGCAAGUCCACCACAAGAUGCGGUUGAUGCUCGUGGAAAUGUUCUAGAUGCAACCGAAAUAUCCAAUUUAUCGUUGGAUGGUGGGUCAGAGAUCCACUCCUUGUUCUCACAAAAGAACCUACUUCGAUUGGCGGCACUCACGAACUCUCAUCGAACUUUGUCACUUUUCACUCCUUCUAUACGAGAUGCAGUAUUUCGAGCAUGGGCACCUUCAGAGAGAGGAGAUUCUGCUGGAACAUCUACGCCAGCAACUCCUUCGCUUCACAGAUCCCCAUCAACCAUUGGGAGUCAGAGUACAACCUACACAUUCACAAAUAGAAGUUCUGAUGAUGGACAUGGUGGUAUGCCAUCGAGACCAUCAUUGGUUAAUAUGACUUCGGCUACAACAGGAUUGAGUUUGGGUGCCAAUCGAGGUUCAAGAUCGCAUCCAACGAGAAAGAAGAAGAAUAGAGUGGUCAACCUGAGAAAACCUAAAACUACAGAUGAUAUUAGUGAGAGUGGCGAAAGUGAGACGGCUUCAAUCACUGCAGCAUCCGAGCCAAUCGUUCCAUCUCGUAUUCCAGAAGAACCAGAGGAUAUUAUUGUCACUCCACCAUCAGGAAAGGUACGAUUUGAUAGUAUUGACCUUGGAGACUCACCGAAGAAAAUGCAAUCAUCUCGUUCGAUGACUCCCGAACAAUCAAAGAUGGACCAAAUUCCAACACUCACUGUGGAACCUUCUACACCAAUACAGUCGCAGCAUCAAAAGCGCCCAGCAUACAGCCAAUCGACGUUUACAUCAUAUGCCCCAGAGAAGCCAGGGAUUACUCCACCACUCACACCAUUCUCAUACCCACAUGGUCUUCACUUUUCUACGACCGAAGCACCGUCUGGAAUUCUUGAGCAAGCCUGGAUUAUGAAGAUGGCCUCUGAACUUGCCCGUCGUCAACAUGACGAUAAGACCACUCGUGAAGGGUUUUGGUCUACAUCAAGUAAUGGAGAUGAUGCUCCACCUGCUUAUGAACCUAAAGCCUUGUAA